CAACCAAUAUAAUGAAUCAAAACGAUUUAUAUCUUAUUGAAGGUCUAAACCUUAAAAAAGAAAGAAAAACUUAAAUUUACAUAAUCUCUGAACCACUAGGUUUGAAGCUAUUAGUACGAAUUCUUUAUAUUCUUAGGACCCAUUAAAUUUGACUUUCAAAUUAUUAGUAUAUUGGAGUAAUGAAGAUGUACUAUUAGAUUGGAAUGAUUACUUAGAAAGAACAUGCUCUAAUGGAUUCUACUUUAAAUUAUAUUUUUAAGGUUAAGAAUACAAAAUUGAGGGUUCUGCUGAGUAACUAAGCACAUUGUAUGAUUUUUGUAUUGGUAAAUUCAUUUUUAAGAAGAGUAACAUCUACUAAUUAAACAGAAUCAUCUCAACGAAUUCAUAAUAUGAAGUAUAUAUUUAUAAUAAGUUUAGUUAUCUGUAGUAACAGAUGUUUUAAAUAAUAAAUAAUACCUUGAGAAAAGAAUUCUUUCUGGUUUCAUUUCUCAAGGAAUUGAUGUAUCUAAUUCUUUUGACACUUAAUCAGGUUUAGAUAAAAUACCAGAAGAAAUAAGAAUCAUUCAAUUAUUGAAUGCUCAAAAGUGUCCUUAUAUUUAAAAAGUUUUAUCUAUUUGCUAUGAUGGUGAACACUAUUCUUUUAUCUACACAAACUAAAAUUUAAUAUCUUUAAAAUAGAUGUUAAAAAUACAACACAUGGGUUUGGCUCUUGCUUUUAUCAUAGAAAUUAUAGAAUAAUUGUUAACAGGUAAUCAAAUUAAAUAUUGUUAGUAUUGAAUAUAUUUCAAGAACUUGAAAUUAUACACAAUAAUAUUAAUUUAGAUUAGAUACAUUAUUCUCUAGAUUCUAAUUCAAUUAUUUUUAAUAGUUUUAGUAAUUCAACUUUUGUAUGCAAUAAAGGAAUGCCUAUGUAUUUAAUAAUUCAAUUUUAGAAAAUGUAAUACUAUAGGUUUUAUUCCUCCUGAAUAUUUAUCAAACAAAUAUUUGAUUUCACCCCAAGCUAAUAUAUUCCAAUUAGGCACAUUAUUCUAUCAUUUGUAUAUUAUUUAUAUAAUUUUUUAUAGGUUAUUUAACUAAAAUCCUUUUGGAAAUGAUUAAUAAACUAAACUUAAAAACAAUAUCGUUGUCAAAUAUAGUAUUCCAAAUAUAUAAAUGGAUAAGGAUAUUAUUGAAGUACUUAAGUCAAUGAUGUAAAUAAAUCCCAAAAAAAGAAAAACUCCUAAAGAGUAUAUGUGUUCCAAGAUUUUUAAACCUUCAUAUAAAUCAAAGAUUUCUAAAAACUCUUUCUUAAAGUUUCUUAAAGAUAAUUCAUCUUCAAAAAUUGAUGAGUUUGAAGUAGAGGAUGAAACUACUUCAAUCUAAAAAGUCAAAUUACUUUCUUUUAAUAAAAAAAAGAAUUGA